UUAGUACUAGGGCAGGCGGCGUGACGCACGUUUUUUUUUACGUGCUGCUAGUGGGAGGGAGGAAAAACAGCGCGAAAUCGCGGACCGACAGCGACAUCCUGCAAUCUAGAACCGUGCCGCGUAAUCCGCCUCCAUCCUCCACCUGAUGGCCGACACCAAGGAGCCCCAAGAGGAGCAUGAAACCUCUGUUGAAAACACAGAAGAAGCCAAUCACGAUCCUCAUUUUGAUCCCAUUGUUUCAUUGCCGGAGCAAGAGAUUAAGACUCUUGAAGAAGAUGAAGAAGAGUUAUUUAAAAUGAGGGCAAAACUGUUUCGAUUUGCUUCUGAAAAUGACCCCCCAGAGUGGAAAGAACGAGGCACUGGUGACGUGAAACUUCUUAAACACAAGGAAAGGGGAACAAUCCGCCUUUUGAUGAGGAGAGAUAAGACACUGAAAAUCUGUGCUAAUCAUUAUGUGGUGCCAUCAAUGGAGCUAAAACCCAACGCAGGUAGUGACAGAGCAUGGGUGUGGAAUACAUAUGCAGAUUAUGCUGAUGAAGCACCAAAACCUGAACUACUGGCCAUUCGCUUUUUAAAUGCAGAGAAUGCCCAAAAGUUCAAAGCAAAAUUUGAAGAAUGUAAAAAUGAAGUAAAGGAGAAAGCAACUAAAGCAGAUGUGACCAAAAAUGAUAGUGCUGAUAAAGUGGCCGAGAAACUAGAAGAACUCACUGUAAAGGAGGAAAGCAAGGUUCAAGACAAAGAGGAAGGCAAGCAAGAAAGAGAAGAGAAGCAAUAAGUCAACUAGAGCCUUGUUCUUUUAUUUUUUACAAGGGACUUAUAUCUAAGGAAAAAGAACUGAAUUUAAACAUUCAGGUUGUUUUUUUUCUAAGCUUUUGUCCUUCAGAUGAGUUCUUCAGAAACAAAUCCAUUCCCCAGUCAUGAAAAUGUACUGUGUUCACUUUCUUUUUCCAUAGUGGAAACACUUAUUUAUAGUCAUCCAAAGUAACAAAUAAAACCAGUUUGAAACUGUGCUGGAAUCCUAUAAUGGUUAUAUCUUGGCUAGGAAUGUUCUAGGGUGUGGUCCUUUACAAACGGACAUAUAAAUCCAGUCCAAUAUCACAUUUCCUUAGGGGGGUUUUCAAUGGAAUGGAUUGAGUUGGGUUAUUUUUUGUGUUGACCCUGCUAGGAUGACUCUUUAAUUGAAUAAAUUUAAACUGAGAAUGAA